UCCCUCCCGCCCUUCCCUCCAGGCCAAGGCUGGUGACAGCCUCCAUAUAUUUAAAGAGCACGAGAGCCCCCCUUACUCAGUUGAGCCGACAGAGACCACACAAGCAGACUUGACCUCGGUCAGAGAGUCUUCAAGAUGCCAAACUGGGGCGGAGGAGCGAAAUGCGGAGCGUGUGAGAAGACCGUCUACCACGCAGAAGAAAUCCAGUGCAAUGGAAGGAGCUUCCACAAGACGUGUUUCCACUGCAUGGCCUGCAGAAAGGCUCUCGACAGCACCACGGUGGCAGCCCACGAGUCGGAGAUCUACUGUAAGGUCUGCUAUGGGCGCAGGUACGGCCCCAAGGGGAUCGGCUAUGGACAAGGCGCCGGCUGCCUCAGCACCGACACAGGCGAACACCUGGGCCUCCAGUUCCAACAGUCCCCCAAACCGGCACGCUCAGCCACCACCAGCAACCCUUCCAAGUUCACUGCGAAGUUUGGAGAGUCGGAGAAGUGCCCUCGAUGCGGAAAGUCAGUCUAUGCUGCUGAGAAGGUGAUGGGCGGUGGCAAGCCUUGGCACAAGACCUGCUUUCGCUGCGCCAUCUGUGGGAAGAGUCUAGAGUCCACCAACGUCACUGACAAAGAUGGGGAACUUUAUUGCAAAGUUUGCUACGCCAAAAACUUUGGCCCUACAGGGAUUGGGUUUGGAGGCCUUACACACCAGGUGGAGAAGAAAGAGUGAAUGGGCACCACCUCUCAGCUCUCAUCAGCCUAAGCCUUCGCCCUACCCCUGCCCGACGGAGACGCUCCCCCAGACGUCCUCUCCCCAGUAGGCGGACAGCAUCUCUCUUCAGAAGUGACCACUCUUGACCCAAAGUUAGAAGAGACCUUGGAAGAAAAUUAUUAGACGUCGAAUCUGUAACAAACGCUUGAUUAUUUACAAUCCCUGGGGUAGGAGUGGCCCUCAAUAAAUGUUUUAGCCACACCU